CGAAUGCUCAAGCUCCGCCCGCUCCUCACCGCAUCCGCCAUCAAGCCCAUCAUCCCAAGCACAUACAGACCAGCCCCCCGCCGCGUUGCAAGACUGACCCGCACAAUGGCAUCGGAAACCCCCACCAAGCGCCUCAAGACGGAUGCGCCCUUGAUCGGCACGCACAACGGCCACUUCCAUGCCGACGAAGCCCUUGCGGUUUCCAUGCUCCAGCUCCUCCCUGCCUACCGCGACUCGGAGCUGAAGCGCACCCGCGACCCCGCCGUGCUGGCCGAGUGCCACACCGUCGUCGACGUGGGCGGCGAGUACGACGACAGCAAGCGCCGCUACGACCAUCACCAGCGCGGCUUCGACGUCGUCUUCCCCGGCCACCACACCAAGCUCUCGUCGGCCGGGCUCGUGUACAUGCACUUUGGCAAGGACAUCAUCACCGCCGUCACGGGCGUCGAGGGCGCCGACCGCGACCUGCUCUACGAGAAGAUGUACAACGACUUCAUCGAGGCCUUUGACGCCAACGACAACGGCAUCAACGUCAUUGCGCCCAAGGACCUCGAAAAGGCGGGAUUAGAGAAGAAGUUUGAGGACCGCGGCUUCAGCAUCGCCAGUGUCGUCAACCGCUACAACUAUGGCCCCAAGUCGCCCCUCUCGGACGAGUCCAAGACGCCCGAGGCCAAGCAGGCCGAAGAGGACAUGCGCUUCAUGACGGCCUCGCGCUUCGUCGGCGAGCAGUUCCGCUACGAGCUCACUGACCGCGCCCAGUCGUGGCUCCCCGCGCGCCACCAGGUCAAGCAGGCCUACGACAGCCGUCUGCAGCAUGACGCGCAGGGCCGCAUCCUGGUGCUUCCCGAGGGCAUGCCAUGGGCCGACCACCUGUACACGCUGGAGAAGGAGACGCCGCAGCCGGCGGGGGUUGCCGCCCAGGUGCUCUACGUGCUGUUCCCGGAGGACAAGCCCGAGGGCAAGUGGCGCAUCCGCGCCGUGAGCAAGGAGAAUGGCGGCUUCGAGAACCGCAAGGACCUCCCGGACGCGUGGAAGGGAGUGCGUGACGACCAGCUCGACCAGGUGUCUGGCAUUCCCGGCUGUGUCUUUGUGCACGCGGCGGGCUUCAUUGGCGGCAACCAGACGUUUGAGGGCGCUCUGGCCAUGGCGAAGAAGGCACUGGACAUGUGAGUGUAGGUGCGUGGGAGUGCAAGUGCGUAGUGCAAGUGCGUGGUGUAAGUGCAUGGGAGUUGGACCAAGCAACGGCGGUUGCUUAUACUUUGCAUAUGCAUUGUUUUGGCGUUCUGGCGCGCAUACCAAAAGUUAUGAUACCAACCAUGUAGAGCAUGGUUUGACGAGUUGUCGUAGAAGAAAUUCAGCAUGCCGUCGGUCGAUGGCAUUCCAG